CUCCUUCUCCUAUUACGCCACCAGAGGUCGUGGUGGUCGUGCUCUACUACUUCCGGUGGAGAGAGAGAAGUAGUUUUUUCCCAAAAUGGCCGAUUACUCGGAUCCCAACCACAACUUCUUCAGGGAGAAUCGCUACAGUGACCCUUCCAGCAGAGAUGAGUACAGUGGCGGUGGCGGAGGUGGUGGUGGUGGCGGCGGCGGCGGCGGAAGAGGUUACGGAGGCGACUACGGUGGAAGUGGCGGUGGCAGUGACAGGUACAGUGAGCGCGGUGGCCGUUCCAACAGCAGGCUGCCUUCCGAACCCCCCUACACAGCGUUUGUUGGCAACUUGCCGUACAAAGUUGUGCAGAGAGACUUAGAAAUUAUAUUUGACGGACUCGGAGUACGGAAUGUACGACUAGUCCGAGACAGAGACACAGACAAAUUUAAAGGUUUUGCUUAUGUUGAGUUUGAUCAGCUUCAGUCGUUGAAGGAGGCUCUUUCUUAUGAUGGUGCAGUUUUUGAAGAACGUUCUUUACGGGUCGACGUUGCCGAGGGCCGUCAGCGUGACAAAGGGUCUUUUGGCGGUCGUGGCCGUUCACAAGGAGGUUCCUACUCUGGGCGUAGCCGUGACUUCUCCAGAGACACUGAGCAAUGGCAACACAGCCCACCUAUGAGCUACUCCUCUGGGCCGAAGGGCUACGACCGUGCAGAGAGAGGAGGCCGUGGCUUUGGUGGCCCACCACGCCAGCGACGCAACAGUGGAGGGCCCUCCCAGGACUUCCCAGAACCAACAGCAGAAUCUUCGGUUGGCAGACCACGUCUCGUGCUCCUCCCCAGAACUGUAAAAGAACCCAUAAAUACUUUUGUGCAGACGGAGAGAAAUGCUUCCAUUUUUGGUACUGGCAAACCCCGUAGUGAGAACCCUACCGAGUUCAGCGAUAAGGAGCGGCACAAAGAAAGUCAACGAAACAAUGACAGAGACUACUGAUUUGUGGGGGAGCCUUGCCUAGGUGGUUGGGGAUGCCGGCUGUUAGGUGUGUGGGUGGAAACAGACGCUGGUCAUAGAGGACACCACCUACCUUGUCUGUCUGUCUGUCUGUCUGUUUGUCUUUCUAUCUAUCUGGUCAGCUCUUUUUUAAGCCACACCCACUGUUCCUCGGGAGGACGUGUGUGCGUGUGUGUGUGUGUGUGUUUGUUGCGUGUGCGUGCGUAUAUACGUGUGCGUGCGUGCUGCUGCUGUCUGUUUGUUGCUGUUCUUGUUGUCGUCGUGGUGGCGGCAACAGCACCGGCGGCGGCGACCCACGGCGGCGGCGGCGGCACCCUCUCUCUGCCUGCUUGUCGUUACCACCACCACUACUACUAUUACUACUACUACUACUACUACAACUACUACUACUACUACCAGCGCCACCACCAUCACAACCACCACCACCGCAACCAUCCUCAUGUAAUGUGCAUUCCUCCAGCGUUUUAGUUGUUCAGACUCACUACUACUACUACUACUAUCUUUACUAUUACAACAACUACAACUACUACAGCUCAGCUACUAUUACUACAACUACUACUACUAUUACUAUUACUCCAACAGCAACAUCAGCCUCUGCAGACUAUUACCACUACUACUACUACUAAUACUACAUUGAGCAACAGCAGCAGCAAUCAGGAACAUUACAACUACUUACUACUUCUACAGACUAAUUAUAAACCUUCACUUGUGCUGUGUAACGAAGGUUGUUUAAUUAAUUCUUCAUUGAUUCAGUGUCAAUAAUUAUUUCUUUCUCAUCAUUGAUCUUU